AAGAUAUUGAUGAUUAAAGUGACAAGUAAAUAACCGCAAGACAAUCAAGUUAAGUUAACUUAAUCAGUGAUUUUCAUUUAUUUCCUAUUCUAAAUGAUUUCUGAACGUCAGUGUAGACGUAAUAUUCAGACGUGAGGCCCCUUCUACUUAAAGCUUGGUGCGGCAACAAUUGUCUGGUUACGCAACAAUGAUUAUCUAUCUACAAGUUGUGAGCACGAGCGACAAAGUAUGUCAACCGGCACUUCAGGUCAUAUUAAACUCAACAAAUUGGCGCGUUCCCUUCCUUUUCGAUUGUCAAUGGUGCUUCAGCAAAAAAGAUGACUUCUGGCUCUCAUUCACUUUCAAAGCACGUGGCUUGGGCAUUGAACAUUACUACUCGAAUCAAUGCGGAUGCGUAUUCACCUUUUAAUUCUUGCCAUCUUACUCUUUCCUGAUAUUUUUUCUUCUCAUCACUCUAGCAAUCAUCCUUGACAAGAGAGGAAGUCAGAACAGUAAUUAUUGCUUAAGAAGGCCGUUGAGACCAUUACAAUUGAGUAUUCUAUCUGAUAUUCGGUGAUAAAUAAUACAGAUUUGGGCAAAAAGAGUGUUCAGCCAUCCUAAAUAAGACAGGAGUCACUGGAUUGGUGUACAAUAUGCUUUGCAUCGUGGGUGAGCAAUCAGACAAGAAUAAGUCAAGUUGGAGUCGAAGAAUUACACAUUUUCAUAAAUAAUUAAAUCAAAUUAAAAGAAUAAAUAAACUUCUCCUCGGCAACAUGUCGAUCGUAAUGCAGUACGUGGACAAGUUCCACGAAAUAUUGGAUAAAAAUGCAGACCAGAGGACAACCAAUUGGUUUUUAAUGCACUCACCCUUUCCUACUCUGUUUAUAUGUCUGACCUAUGUGUACAUUGUAAAAGUACUGGGACCAAAAUGGAUGGAGAAUCGUAAACCAUUUCAAUUGAAGAAAGUUUUGAUUGUGUACAACUUAUUUCAAGUUUUAUUUUCCACGUGGAUGUUUCGCGAGAUAGCAAUGUCCGGAUGGCUGACAGGGGAUUAUUCGCUAAGGUGCCAACCUGUAGACUACAGCGACCGACCUCAAGUACUGAGGAUGGUUCAUGCUAGCUGGUGGUACUAUUUCUCCAAAUUCACAGAGUUUUUUGACACGAUCUUCUUCGUACUAAGGAAGAAGAAUAACCAUGUCUCUACACUUCACGUGAUUCAUCAUGGAUGUAUGCCAAUGUCUGUGUGGUUUGGAGUCAAAUUCACCCCAGGUGGUCACUCAACGUUCUUCGGUUUGCUCAAUACCUUCGUUCACAUAGUUAUGUAUUCAUAUUACUUACUGGCUGCCCUUGGACCUCAAAUGCAGCCUUACCUCUGGUGGAAAAAAUAUCUGACUGCCCUUCAGAUGGUUCAGUUUGUGCUAAUAAUGAUCCAUGCCUUUCAACUACUCUUUAUUGAGUGCAAUUAUCCCAAGGCUUUUGUCUGGUGGAUUGGUCUCCAUGCUAUCAUGUUUUUGUUCUUAUUCAGUGAAUUUUACAAACAAAACUACUCUGAUGGUAAGAAAUCAAGAAACCGAGCAAAGGCCGCAGCAUUGGCAGCUGUCUCUGCAGCUACUGGAGCCUGCACUCCUAAUGACAUUUCCAAUGGCAAAGAUUACACUUACACAAAUGAAAGGAGUUCAGAAGUUAAAAGGCGAGAUGCUGCAGACUAUUAUGUAAAAGGCGAGAGCAUUGCUGUUAAAGAAAUGAACCUUCGGAAGCCUUAUACAAUAUCGGAGUGACCUAAAUAAUAAUUAUUCAACGGUUUCUCACGAUGAUACAACCAAAAAGUCAUAUUAAAUUGAAAAAAUAUUUAUCAUGAUAAAUAUCUCAUCAGAAAACAUGCGUCGAGUAGAUGUACUCUGGUUCAAUCACUGGAAAAUCAUAAUGUUGACUUAUCUUUCUAUUCUAAUGCUCAUAGCAUUAAACUAGGAAGAUGAUAAAGAACCAGAACUAUGUGUCGGUCGACUGAUUCAUGAUAAGCAUCGCUAUUUUUACAAUUCACGCUCACGAGAUAUGGUGCAAAAAUUAGCUAGAAAUUCUAGUUAUCAAAAAAUAUGUUUCGUAUCAUCAAGCACCUUGCCAUGUUCAUUUUUUUACUAUACGUAUAAAAAAGAAGAGGAGUCGUCAUCGCAGAAGCUCUAGUAUAUUGAUUAGGGGUUGUAAUGAUUAAUUAUCAUGAAUUUCAAGGGGAAUAACAGCAUCUUGCAACUGGCACCAAAAUCAUAAGGUGGAAACUGUAUAUAGAUAGAUUUUAGUUUUUGUUUUAUUUUCAUUAAUAUAAAUGAAAGUUCAAGUAAAGAUAUUAGUGGUAUUUAAUGUUUAAAUAUCAGAUAAUAUCGGUUAUAUCUAAAAAAAAAUUCUCUACUUGUUAAUUUAUGUUUAAAAAAAUUUAAAGGCGCGAAUACAUAAAUAAUGUUUCUUAUUAUAUACACGCGGCUCUUGUACAUAUUUGUAACGUGAUAAGUAAAUAACGUAACAAUUUUCAACUGAGCUGUAUUCUAUUUCGAAAGAAAGUGAUAGAUGUAAUUGUUAUGAUAUACGAAUAAUUAAUAAUAAUAUUGUAAAAUUAUGUACUUUUUCGAAUUACAAACAUUUUUUAUGUA